AUGGUUUAUCUACCACCCAACCAACAUGGCAAUUGCUUCCAAUGCUAUCUUACCACUCCAUUUACAGAUGAUGAGCUGAAAGCUUUCAAGUCAAGGUUUGAGCGCGGCGCAUACUACAAAUCCGCACCCUUGAUGCAAAUCAAAAUUAUGCAUGCACCUGACGAUUAUUUAGGCAAAUCGCAUCAAUACAUGCGCGCGAAAGAAACUGAAGCUGGCAACACGGAUCCAUUCAUCGUCGUUGACGAAGAAGCCAAAAGCAGACGCGCAGUCUGGUACAUUGACCAGUUCGCCAACGAAGACCAGGUUAACGACGGCGUGGCUGAGAGCACAGAUGUUGUUAUGAAGAUCCUCAUCCAAACUGAGUGCUUGGCCAUCAACUAUAUAUUCUACAUCACGGCCAAAUCGAGUAUCGAGGAAGGCCUUGAGAAUUGCUUGGUGGAAUUACCGAGGAUGCUGCCGAGUAUUGGGUUAGUCAGCUCUUGGACGGUUCCGGGCGAUGCAAAGUCUGUUGAUCUGGCUCAAAGACAGUUUCCCGAGAGGAGUGUUGUUUUGCAGCAAAAGUAUAAGCCCGGCUUUCCAUGGCCAGCAGACUCACUGUGA